UUAUGCGUGCGGACGAUACUUGCGGGACUUACUUUUCGGGAAAUACGCGAACAUUGAGACGUCAAACAUUGUACGAUAUUAAAUUCUUUUCCGAGAAUAAAGAUGCAAGUUCUUCAUCUAAUUCUCGUCGUCGCGGUGGCGACGGUGAUUGCCGAGAAAGACGAAUCUUGGACCUGGGAUGAUGAUAAACCGAAAACGAGCCGAUCCGCCGAGAGCAGGUAUCAAGUGUACGAGCCUUCUGAAAAUCUGGAAGCUUUCAAUAACAAUGGCUUUAGGCCUCAAAAUCCGGGACCUUACGGUCCCAACGGCGGACCUCUCAUACCAUCAUACCAGGGUAACAACGGCAUUCUCGUGGGCCCCGGUGGACCAACCGGAAUAAUUGGCAGACCGCCCCGUUAUAAUCCAGACAGACCCGGUGGUAUCAUAGAUUCGGUGCCGCCCUGGAUCAGAGAUGAUCCCCGCUAUCGCGAGUUCGAUACUUGCAAGUGCAGAUACAGUUUCAACUGCCCGUCGCCCGGCUUGAAAUUCGGCCACUGCUCAAGGGACAAAAAGUACUGUUGCUUCAACAGCAAAAGAUUCCCAGGACUGUUGGGAGGACAAAAUUAUCCAUAUUAUCCCGGUGCGCCGCACAAGUACGGACCGAACGGUUUCGCGCCGACGUCGAAUUAUUACGGCAAUCGAAGACCGUACGGUAGCGGCUACCAGCAUCCGUCUUCCGGUGAUUAUUAUCCGGGGCCCUACGGCGACACUUAUGGUCAUCGUAAUGAGUUCGAAGCAUUACGGCCGUAUGGCUACGACGGCGAAUCUGACGAUUAUGCGAUCUACGGGCGGUCGUUGGGCAAGAAUCAAACGCAGGAAGCGAACGAGAAGCCAAAGACGGACGAGGAAAUCAAGAAGCGAUGAUUGCAAAUAAUAUUGUCGAUCGUUUUCAUUUAUCUUCACUCCCGAUGGAGAUGCCAAAGAUGCGACAGAUAUAUAUGUCUUCCUCGCUUUACGUCCAACGAUUGUAUAAUUAGAUAAAGAUGCAAAUCGAAUCUUUCGCGCGGAUAAUUAACUUGAAUAUAAUUGUAUUUGCGUAAUUUAUUGUGAAUUGCAAACAUUAGUAACGCGCCGCUUCCGAAUUAAUAAAAUGCACAUUGUUACUCCUUUGAAAACACUUUGGAGUAGACUCUCUUUAAUCGACGAUGCUAAUAUCAAUGUGAAUGACACAAGGUUUCUUAAUUAAAAAAAAAAAAAAU